CUCAUUCAUUCACAGACUCAUUCAAACCGACCAAGCGACAACGGCAAAUCAAACUAAAGUUUUUUUGUUGAGAGGUGUGGUGAAGCAUUGUUUUCGACGAUGGAGUUGUUAAAAUCGAGUAUAGUUGGAUUAUUUCUAUGCUAUGUUUCUAUUGCAUAUGGACAGAGGACACCGACCAUAUCCCACAUCACCCAGGAGCAGAUCAGGGACAUCGGCGGGCAGGUGGACCUCGAUUGCUCGGUGCAUUAUGCCAACGAGUACCCAGUUAUAUGGGUAAAAUAUGACAGACUGAGAACAACGGAGUCUAUACCGUUGUCAACGAAUGCUGGUCUCAUUUUGAGGGAUUCUCGCUUCUCUCUAAGAUAUGACGAUGCUACCGCCACCUACACACUUUCGAUAAAAGACAUUCAGGAGAACGACGCGGGCUGGUACCAGUGCCAAGUGUUGAUCUCCCUGACCAACAAGAUCACAGCGGAGGUGGAACUCCAAGUGCGAAGACCACCCAUCAUAUCUGACAACUCCACCCGGUCUCUUGUCGCUAGCGAGGGGGAAAGUGCCCAGAUGAAUUGUUACGCGGGUGGGUUCCCGCCCCCAAAGAUCUAUUGGCGCCGCGAAAACAACGCUAUCUUGCCCACAGGAGGGUCCAUUUACAACGGCAACGUUCUGAAGAUCACACAUAUACAUAAAGAGGACCGCGGUACAUACUAUUGUGUGGCCGAGAAUGGAGUAGGCAAAGGGGCUAGGAGAAAUAUUAAUCUGGAAGUGGAGUUUGCUCCAGUAGUCACCGUGCCUAGACCUAGGCUUGGCCAGGCUCUGCAAUACGACAUGGAUUUGGAAUGUCACGUGGAGGCGUACCCGCCCCCUGCUAUCACAUGGCUGAAGGACGAGUUCGAACUGUCCAACAACCAACAUUAUAGGAUAUCCCACUUCGCGACGGCCGACGAGUUCACAGACACGACAAUACGCGUCCUGACCAUAGAGAAGAAACAAUAUGGCACGUUCACGUGCAAGGCGCAGAAUAAGCUGGGCUCCGACGAGGGACACGUGCAGUUGUUUGAAACGAUCGUGCCCGUGUGUCCGCCCGCGUGCGAUCAAGCGCGGUACAACGGUGUGGUCACUCUGGCGCCAUCUGUCGGAACUAUGACUGCGCUACUAGCAUUGUACGCCGCGUAUGCUUUUAGAAGAAUCGCCAAUACCAGACAUUAACUACAGCGGCCUGAGACCAGACCCGUUAGUCUAUGGGUAUCCUAACUCGGUUUGCACACAUCACAUACAUAUCUCUGUAAUUUUUGUAUGUCUAUUCUAUGUAUUUUAACUCAAAAGACUGGUAGACGCGCUUUUAUGCCAAGUUCAGAAUUGAGUUACAGUCAACAGCACAUCAAGUCGCCCCGCGUGGACCUCUAUGGCGCGGUUAUAGCGGCUAGUUUGCAAUGAAUAUGGGUAUGUUGAUGUGCUGUUGAUUGUACGUUUAUUUAACACUAGCUUUACCAUUAACAAAAUUAAAAACAAAAAUUGGUACACGCAAAAUGACCAUAAAAAAAUAUAGAAAAAACUGUCGAUGCGUGUGUUUCAGCAAUUUAAAUAAGCCACGACUCGUUAUGUAUUUUUUUAAAUUUAUUUGAUGAUAAUUGCAUUAAAAGUACACAAAUACAAAUACACGGUACAGAACAAUACACAAUUCUUUUCUAUACAGAGUUACUGGUAUCAAACGCAAGAACUCCUAAAGACUACUCGGGUACAUCAAAACAAGCAACUUUUAUUCUAUGAUUUUUCGUGAUUCUUAGUUUUUUUUUUUUCAUAGAAUAAAUAAUUCAAUCUAAUUUGCGAUUCUACACAUGUUAACUGUAUGUAAUAGCCAAGCAACACGAGACAGUACAGUAGCGUUAUGUAGCGGAAUCGAACGUAGAGUUAACGUUUUAUAGAAACAACAUUAAAACUAAAAAAAGGAAAUAUUUUGUAUUUAUUACGUUUAGACAAAACGUAGAACAAAGGAUGUUAGUCUCUAUGUACCUUAUGCGCCUUUGGAAGGUUAUGCGUUAGAUACCAGUUACCCUGUAUACAGUUUUUUUUAUACAUUGCACAAAUUUUGUGACUAGUUACGAAUGAUGGAACUGAGUCAACAAAAUGUCAACUUUUUUUUGGUUCUCUUAUUUAAUUUUCUCUAUCAGACUAAGUAUGGAAAGUCUACUUUUGUAUCACAUGUACUGAAAAUUUGUGCUGUGAAUAAAAAAACUCCCUGUAUAUUAUGGGAUGAAGUAUUUUUAUGCAUUUGUCAUUAUACAUAUGUGUUCGUUUCUUCUCCAUCACGUAAUUGUAAUAGAAAAUGUCUUGAAAUAUAUAAAAAGCGCGUCUAUUUUAUUGUAUGUGCUUAUACAUAUAUAAGCAAUAAAUGAUGACAGGUAUAGAAAAAUGUAAUCUCAUAAUAGGAAUAAAAAUGCAGCAAAAAAAACAUAUAGGCAGCUAAUAAUUUAAGAAUUAAUGUGAUUUUAUUGAUAUAGAAGUUUCAAUUGACAUUUUUGUAGUAGAAUUUUUGAGAUUUGCUUAAAAAAAGUGUUUCACCAUUUUUUUCAAGGUGACAUUUUGUAGUGUCAAGGUGACUUUUUAUUUGUCGGAAAUCUCGUUAAUCCCUGUCCAAACAUAUGGAUAUAUAUAGAAGAGCGAUUACGUGGCCAUAUUGGUAAGAAAUACUAAUGAUAUUCUGAAUGUAAGGUAUAAGAAUCUCUAACAUAAAAGUGAGGGUUUCACAAAAAUAGAAGUCUAGUUGCAUUCGACCUGUAAACCGUUCACACAGUUCACUCGUCGAAAGUCGAUCCUAGGUGCACCAUCAGGUCUUGUGCACCAUGAGUCACCAAAGCCCGCUUGCAUGUUUUUGGGAUAACUGUUGUUAAAAGUUUAUCGAUGUCAAAACAAUAUGCACUUUGUGUGGCGCAUGCGCGAUUGGCCAAUCCGCGGGUUAAACUUUCAAAAGUCAAUUAGACAAGCCAUAAUAAUCAACAUCAGCGACGCCCACAUAGUUCGUGUAACACUAUCUGACACAAUCUCACUCGACAAGUUAAAAGCUUAUGCUGUUUUUUUUAUAAGGAGUAGAAAAAAGUAUUUUGAACGUACGACAUUUUUUGCCAUUGUAAUACCGAAUGGAAUGGUCAUGAUUGGUUGAUUACACCCAGUGCUGCCGUACAAGAGGCGAACUCAUAUUUAUUUUCUACUCUUUUAAAAUAGGCUGUCAAGACGAAGCCCGAAUCACAAACACCGACGAUAAAUAACAAUAUUACACCAAUUUAUUAUAAGUAUAGCUUAGAAUUUAAUAAUGUGUGUGUACUUUAAUAUUUUUAUACAAAACAUUUUAUAUACAGCCAUUUCAUUGGAAAAGUUUUUUUUUACCAUUCUAUAUCUAUGUUGGUUGGUCCAAAGUAUUUUUUUUUUACAUUGGCAUUUAUCUACAUGGUCGGUCGAUGGUACUGAACAACUUUUCGUAUGGAAGAAACCUUGAAAUCGCGAACAAAAAAUCAGCUGUUCCAUACAUUAGGUAUCUAAUUUUGUAUAGAACGGCUGAAUUUUUUUUCGCGAUUUCGGAGUUACCCCCAUACUAAAAGUUGUUCAGAAUCAUGGACUGAGCGUGUUGACGAAAUAUUGCCAAUGUAUAAAUAGUCAACCUGUAUGUACUUUAAUAUUAUUAUACAAAAUAUUUUAUAUAUACAGCCAUUUCAUCAGACAAGUUUUUUU